GCUCAUUCUAAAUGUGUUUGUGGCGAGUUACUUCCUGUACGUGUUUCCUCUUCAACAACAUUUAAAAGCAGUACAUCCUUCAAGACUCAAAGCACUGUCUGCUGUCCAUCAGUCAUCAUGAAUCUAAUAACAGCAUUUCUGCUAAUGAUCCUCACAGGACAUAGCACAUGUGAGUAUGUGCAGAAACUCUCCUGCCCCUAUGAGAACAAGACUCAGAACAGGCUCAGGGUGUGGUGCAAAAGAGAAGCCAAUGAUCAAAACUGCUGUUCGGGCUUCUCAUUCCUGUCAGGCGCCAAGGUUUUGGAGCAAGGCAACAUAGCUGUGGAGGAUGAUGGAAAGUCAUUCACUGUCUCCAUAAAGACAUUGACACAAGGGGAUGGAGUGUACUGGUGUGGGUUGGUGACUGAAGGCAAGGUCAUCAUUAAACUGGCCGAAGAUUACUUUACCGAUGCUCCAUUUAACUUUGUUUGGUCCAUCCUCCGCUGGAUUUUCUUUAUUUGCCUCCUUAUGAUGACUAUAUCAACUCACAUUUACUCCAACAUGAAACAUGGAGAUACAAAGACAGCAUAAGCAGAUAAGCCUACAUGAUGUCUGAUGCCAAAGAAAAGCGGAGGAAGAAUGAGGCAGUCACAUUUCUUGAAGAUAUGAACAUCGUUGAACCCAAGCCGUCGAGUGUAAAUGUAGCUACAGUUUCUGUUGUUGUUAUUAAUAAAUUAAAUUAAAUUAUUUUUAAGAAAGGCUCACACGAAAGCAGAUAUUAGCAUGGAUUCAUUAUGUUUAAUUUGUUUUGUAAA